UGCUGUAGCUACUAGUAAAUUCCUUAAACUACGAUGCGAUGAAUAAGGUUAUCUCGUAAAAAAGUCGUAAUCUCCAAAAAAAAAAAAGAUAGUGUCUAAAAAUUGCGUCUAAUUUGUCUAAAUAACUCUUUUUUACAAUGGAUAUUGUUCCAACGCAAGUUUACCAAGACUUUGAUUUUACAUCGACACAAGAGAUUUCUCAAUCCGCGCCCCAGAAUGAUAUACAGAUUGGGAUGCUCAUUAUAGGUUCUAAUACAUAUCCGGUCAAACAAGGAAUUAAUUAUAUUGGUAGACAUCCAGAUUCCGAUAUCGUAAUCAAUGAUUUGACGGUAUCUAAGAAACACGCAGAGAUCGAGAUUAAUGGUUACGAAACGACAGCAUGGGUUUGCGACCUAAAUUCUUCUAACAAGACAAAGCUAAAUAAUUCAAUUCUCAGGCCAAAUCGAUGCUAUGAACUCAAAAAUGGAAACGUAUUGGAAUUUGGUUUGGUGCGAGCAGUUUACAAAACCUGCCGGUCAGCAGAUGAAUCUUUAAUUGUAGGGCCUACAAUUCAAAAUCGGAAGGUACAACAAUUGAUUAUUCCAGGGACACCUGACUCAUCAUUGAAUAAUUCGUCUAGUUUGGGAGAAAAUAUCUCUGUUAUUCCUGCCACCCAAGCUGAUGAGAAAGAAUCCGUAUUUCGAUGCCCGACAUUGCCUCUAAGAACUUCCACUAGCAGCGCCCGAAAGAGCAGCAUUAUCAGUUCCUCUAUUGACAUCAGCGUGGACGAUCUUCAAAGUUUCGAUGCAGAGAAAAAAGAAAAUGUAGGUCCAGCAAGAAUUGGUAUUAAUGAAAUGGAAACGCAAAAAUUGUUUGAAUCCAAUAAUGAAACGAAUUCUGACAUUCACGAUGUUGAAACUCAAAAAAUGGGUUUAGACAAGAUAGAAGAUCUUUCAAAAUCUUCGAAUAAACAAGAAAUCAAUAUACACGACGUAGUAAAACAAUGUAUAACUAAUGCGCAAGGGAAUAUUACUGAUAUUCAUGAUGUAGAAACACAACCUAGUACAGGCAUUCACGAUAUGAUAACAUGCAAAGAAAUUAAUGUUCAAAAUAUUUCAACUCGAAACAAUAGUACUCGGGAUAAUAAGACAUUUGAAACAGAAAUUAACGAAAAGGAAAACAAUAAUGUUAAUAAUAAAGUAAUGCAAGAAAUUGAUGCUAAUGAGAGCACAUCAGAUUCUAAUGAUGCUACUAAACGUAAAAGUAGAAGUGAAUACGUGCAAAAUAUUGAAAAAAAUUUGCAAAAAGAUUCGCAAGAGUGUCCGCAAUUAUUAUUUACAACAAAUUAUGAAAAUGAAUUUGACACAAGUCGAAAUUUACUUGGUUCACAAAAUUUAUUAGAAGAUUACAUCAAUAAUGACGAGCUAUCUGAUGAUGAUAAAUCAAAAUCAUUAGCUUCUGUAAAAGUCUCGUCAAACGACGAUGUAAAUAGUAAAAGUGAUAACGAAAGUAUUUUUGAUGCCGCGACACAAAUCAAUAAAAUUGAUGAAAGUGCUUUUAACAAUGGAAAUCAACGUGUUAAAUAUACGUUUAAAUCUCCUGUAGUAACUGACGACUCUGAUGAAACUGAUAAUGAAUGUAUCUUUCAAAGGUAUUUGUACAAAAAUGAUAAAGAAAAUGAACAAUUUGCAAAAGGUCAAGUGGUUGAUAGCGAUGAUUCAACUACGGAUGAAGAAGGUCAAUUUAUGUUAAUAGCAAUGAAGGAAAAAGCGAAUUGCUCCUUUGAAAAGGAGUUUAACAAAAAUAAAGAAGCUAAAAAUAAUACUGGUUCAAGCGAAGAUUCUGAAAAUUUAUUUGAUACACUUACUCAACCAAUAAAUCAUAAGAAUAAAGAUUCACUCUCAAGACAGGAUAAUGAGAAUGAAGUAGAUUCUGACGCCCCAACACAAGUUAUUAGUAAGGAAGUAACCAAAGAUUAUAUUGAAAAUAAAGAUAAACAUGCAAAAGAAACAGAUGACAUGGCACCAACACAAGUCCUUUUAACGACUGAGUCUCCCUCAAAAGGGACUAGGCCUCCUACUACUUCAAUAACAAAUGAAAUAAUUUCUGAUAAAGAAGAUAUUACCGAAAUAGAAGACAAUAUACCAACUCAGAUAAUUAAUAUUACUAUGCGAAAGGAGGUUUCAAGUAUGAAUAAUGAUGAAUAUUUGAAUCCAUUAAAUCCUCUGGCAAUAAGUACUGUAAAUGAUUGUAGUAUUGAUAACAGUGAUUAUGAAAUGGCACCUACUCAACCAAUUAGUGAUAUUAAGAAUCAGAAAUCUAUACUGUCAACUACUAAUAAGAGUACAAAUGUGUCAAUAAAAUCUAAAGCAUUGAAUACAGUGAAUUUAGAUGACACGAUAGAAAGAAAUUUGAACGCAAUAUUUGAAGAUGUAAAUGAAGAACGUAUUGAAGAACACAUGCAAAUGUCAACUCAAGUUCUUGAAAACGUGUUACAGUCACCACAGUAUGAGGAUAAAUUACCUGACAAGAAUGAAAAUAGCGAUACAUCGACCGAUAAUAAAACAAAGUCUAUAAAAGGAAGAAAGAGUAAAACAUUAAAAAUCGACUCAAAUGUAACAAAUAAAAUAUCUCGUAAAUCUGAUAUAAAAAAUAAUAACGAUUCACAAAAUACAGAGAAUUUUGCCACUAUUUCGACAGAAAAACGUAAUGUUUUAAUAGAUUCUCGAGAUCCAGCAGAACCUACUGUAAACACUUCUAACGAAAAUAUAGAAAAAGAGAAAACAACAUUAGGAACUUGUAGUAAUAUGAAUAAUAACAGCAGCAGUGUUUCUGUUACAUUGUCAAAAUGUAUAUUCGAUGAUCCAUCAACACCAAAACCUGCACCUAAAAAUUCAUCAACUCCAAAAUCUAUAUCUAAAACUUUAUCAACUUCAAAAUCUGUACCUGCGGAUUCAUCUACACCAAAAUCUAUACCUAUAUUAGAUGAAAAUUUAUCAAUCCCAAAAUCUGUAUCUAAAGAUCCAUCAACGCCAAAAUUGAAAAGAAAGAAAUAUGAUAGGCCAAAAACAGGUGAAGUUCAAGAAGAAAUUAAGAUAUUUGAAAAAGAUAAGAAUGAAUUAGACGAAUGUUCAAGAGACAUAGACAGUCAAGCAUCUAAUACAUUAAUCAAUGAACAACUUCAACGACUUACCAAAGUACCAGAAAAUGACGAUGAAGAUAUUUUAGCUGGUUUACCCGAAGUUAGAAUUUCAGGUACUUUAUCAAACCCAGCAAGUCCAACUUCGUCAAUUUCAUCUGAAUAUAGAAUUAAUAUUAAUCAUAAUCGAAGAAAACAAAUAUCCGUAAGAAUUGCGCCUAAAAAGAGAGAAGCUUCCCGAAAAUCAUCACGAAAAUCACUUGCUCGUAAAAACGUGGAAAAUACUGAAUGUCCUACUGCUAUUAAGCCAAAUUCAUUGGAAAACAAUUUUGAUGUUGAUAAAGAAUCUGUACAUGAUAAUAGUAAAAAAGAUAAGAAGCCCAAACGAUUGGUUAAGAAAGUGACAACCAAAAAUGAACGUAAAAAAAGCGAUACUUUGCCACAGUCAAAAUCGAUCGCCCCUAUUAAUUUGCAAGAGAAAAUAAGGCAAAGUCCUCUCAUUCUGAAUUACCGAAAGACCCGUAAUUCUAGCAAAGAGAAUAUUGAUCGUUCAUCUGUUUUUCAGGUACGAAAAGAAGCGCUGAUUGAAAAUGAAGUUGCUGAAUCUGCAAAAGGAAUUGAUUUAAACAUAUCACGCAUUGGAAAAAGAUCACUAAGCGUGACGGAUGCGACUGAAAACUAUCCAAAAAAACGCAAAGAAGAUAUUAACGAAGAUGCGACUGUUGAUACUAAUGAUAGAAAAAAGAAUACUGUAGCCAACAGAAGACAUUCUGCAAAUACUCUUAAUUUUAUUAUGAAAGGAAACUCGUCAAUCAAUACGUAUGGUUCGAGUAUUAAAAAAUCAACUGAUCAAGAAGCAAACUUAGAUAAACAGGCAAUAAUAAAAGUUGUCAGAAUGUCUGUGGGUACUCCAACUGGUUCGAUAUCUUCAAGUACUUCAACAGAAUUGAUGAUUGAAAACAAUAACAGUAAUAAAAUUAGACAAAGUCAAUCUAAAACUUCCAUAGAUAGCCAGGUUGUCACAAAUAUUUCGAAUAAUGAAAAUAAGAAAACCACCAAGACUGUAGGAACGCGAGGAAAUGCAAAUCGAAAGAGGAUCAAUAAAUUUGAAUCUCACGUGGAUGAUAUAAGUUCUCAAAUUGGAGAGGAAUCCCAAGAAAUAGAAAUGAUCAUGAACGGUAUGCUCACAGAAGAAAAUAUCGAUUCAAAUAGAGAAAAAAAGAAAAAAGUUAGUAAAAAUACAAAAAGUAAAAAUACUAAAACAAAAAACACGAGGGGACGUAGAAAUACAAAUACAAAUACUUAUACGGAUGUUGAUAAUACAGAGAGCAGUAGUACUUCUUCCACUUUUUACGAAUCUGAUAACGCACGUUUUGAAAUACCCAUAAUAAAACUCAAACAAGUUAAGAUUUCCAAGAAUGGUUCGAAUAAAACUAAUGCUCCAGUAAACGAAUCUAUUAAGGAGACGAAAAGAAACAUCAAACAGUCGAGUAGAUUAAUUCAAUCUCAUCAGCAAUCAGUUACAGAGUCUUCUGUAGAAGAAGAAACAGAAACUGAUAAUCAAACUGUUUCUGGUAAUACUACGAAUAAAACGAAUAAUUCAAGAAAUAAACGGCAAAGACAGAAAACUGAAAACGUUGAAAGUAAUAAAAAGCAAAAAAGAGAUCUCGUAAAAAAAACUAUUUCAGAUUCAAAUUCCAGCAUCGAAACGGCAUCGAUACUUUCAACACCUAAUAGAACACGUAGAAGUAUGACUUCUUCAUUUACGUCAUCGCCAUUCAAAAUAAAGCAUAAAAUCUUAUUUACGGGUAUUUCGAAUAACAAUUAUAACAAAUUGUUAACAAAGUUAGGUGCAUCUCAAGUCGAAGAUCCAACAAAGUGUACUGUAUUGGUUACAGACAAAGUUCGACGAACUGUUAAAUUUUUAUGUGCUUUGUCAUUGUCUGUACCUAUAGUUUCAGUUGAUUGGUUGGUUGACAGUGAAAGAAGUGGACAUUUUGUUGAGUUAGAAGAUUACAUUUUGAAAGACCCUGCUGCUGAAGCUAAAUUCCGUUUUAAGUUAGCAAAAAGCUUAGAAAAAGCAAAGAAGCAUAAACUUCUAGAAGGAUACACACUUGUCUUAACUCCUAACGUCGCGCCACCACCUUUACCAGAAUUAAAAAGUAUCAUUAUGUCAUGCGGUGGUAAAGCUUUACUCCGACCACCAUCAUCAUGGCCUCAAAAAGCAAUUAUUAUUUCACGCGAGGAAGACUUAGGUAAUGCGAACAAAUUUUGUGCAAGAGCACCUAAAACUGUUACCAUUCAGUCGACAGAAUUUAUAUUAACUGGUAUUUUGAGACAAGAAUUAGAAUUUAAGGAAUUCAAGUUAACAUAG